CAAAAGCUCCAAGACGAAGAAUAAGACCGCAGAGAGACAUUUGAAAGCAAAUUUGAACUCCACUUAGAAGACCCGCUUCUCUGAAUCGGAGCCCGAGUAGGUCGUCCAUUAAAGAUCAUGGCUUGCUCAAACUUUACAAUGUGGGUAUACUCAAAAUCGUCUUCAUCCGAUGCCUCCGCUCUAUCCUUUCGGCAUUUUAACCCACUUCAAGUUCCUUUGCAAGGCUCUGCCUCGCGAUCCUCAUCUGUCACUCCGAUUCAUUGUGGCCUCCGUGAGCUUCGAGAACGGAUCGAUUCAGUGAAGAACACCCAGAAAAUUACUGAGGCUAUGAAGCUCGUUGCUGCUGCCAAAGUGCGUAGAGCUCAAGAAGCUGUUGUUAAUGGAAGACCAUUCUCGGAAUCUCUAGUUGAAGUUCUUUACAACAUCAACGAGCAGCUCCAAACCGAAGAUAUAGAUGUUCCUCUUACAAACGUCCGACCGGUUAAGAAGGUUGCUUUGAUUGUUGUAACAGGGGAUCGUGGCCUCUGCGGAAGUUUCAAUAACAUGAUCAUCAAAAAGGCAGAAUCCAGAAUCGCAGAAUUGAAGACCCUUGGCGUUGAUUAUACAGUUAUUAGCGUUGGCAAGAAGGGCAAUUCGUAUUUCCUUCGCCGGCCUUACAUCCCAGUAGAUAGAUUUCUUGAGGGCGGUUCACUUCCCACAGCUAAAGAAGCUCAAGCCAUUGCAGACGAUGUUUUUUCCCUCUUUGUUAGCGAAGAGGUCGACAAAGUCGAGCUUCUGUACACCAAAUUCGUGUCAUUAGUCAAAUCGGACCCUGUGAUCCACACACUGCUUCCAUUGUCCCCGAAAGGAGAGAUUUGUGAUAUAAAUCGUGUUUGUGUCGAUGCCGCAGAGGACGAGUUCUUCAGAUUGACGACAAAAGAAGGAAAAUUAACCGUAGAGAGAGAUGCCGUGAGGACAAAAACCUCAGAUUUUCCCCCAAUUUUGCAGUUUGAGCAGGACCCAGUUCAGAUUCUUGAUGCUUUAUUACCUCUCUAUUUGAACAGUCAAAUUUUGAGGUCAUUGCAAGAAUCAUUAGCUAGUGAACUUGCUGCCAGAAUGAGUGCCAUGAGCAGUGCAACUGAUAAUGCAAGCGAGUUGAAGAAGACGCUCUCUAUUGUCUACAACAGACAGCGUCAAGCCAAAAUCACUGGCGAGAUUUUGGAGAUUGUUGCUGGUGCCAACGCUUUGACUUGAGUCAGUUAUGCUACUUUUAGGAAAACAAUUUGAUGCAGACGAACAAAUCAGCAGCAGGCUAAGCGAUGUGGAUAGACACAAAAGAAGUUGAAAAUGGUGGUGGGAAGCCAUAGUUUUUGCAAGAGAGGAUGAAAUCCCAUCCCGGUGAAGGAAAGUGAUUAAAUGAAUGAAAAAAAGGCCCUCUGCAUGAACCGAACAUGGAGGGUUGACCCACACACGCUCUCGUGUCAUUUUCGAACAGACAUUAUGAUUUGAGCUUGAGAAGACACCUCACCGUCUCUCCCUCAAUACCAAGACAGAGCAACCAGUAUGGCAGGUUCCAACACCAGAUGGAGCCAUGGGUUUCAUGGAAAAUCAAUCAAAGACGAAGACUUUGAUGAAGAACAAGCGUGGGGCUUUCCCAGCGAAACCAAAAAAGAAGAAGCUUCUAGCCCCGUGGCAACAAAAUUUAAGCACUUCAAUUCAUCAGCCUCUUCUUCUUCUUCUUCUAAUUCCUCUGCUUGGUGCAUGCAGAUCAGCUCUGCUCCAAAAAUGAUCCCUAAAGCCAAAACCACACCCAAUCAAGAACCCAAAACUGUGAAGAGAUCCUCAGCUCCUUUGGAGAUACCAGACUGGUCCAAGAUAUAUGGAAGAAAUGGCAACAUGGGUGGUUCAUGGAUGGACGAGGGAUACGGCUUUAUUAACGAUGAUGAUGAUGAGGAGGAGGAGGAGGAUGAUGUUAUGGUUCCUCCACAUGAAUGGAUUGCUAGGAAGCUUGCAAGGACCCAAAUUUCAUCCUUCUCAGUUUGUGAAGGCAUUGGAAGAACAUUGAAGGGAAGAGAUCUGAGUAAAGUGAGAAAUGCCAUAUUGACCAAAACUGGGUUUUUGGAGUGAUGCAACAAAAAACCAUCAUCAUCUUCUUCAAGAUUUCAAAACAACUGUUUGCGUCUUCUUUUUCUUUUUCUUUUUCUUUUUUUUUUCUUUUUUGGGUCGGUUUUGAUCUCACAUUUUGGUUGUUUCAUUUGAGUUUUUGGUAAUUGAAUUCCAGUUUUGUAAUAAACACAAAAUGAUAGAACCUUA